GUCGCCGCACCCUCACAACUUCAAUCUCGAAUCCUAUUAUUCAAUUGAUCAGUCAAACCCACCUUGAACUGAUUCCCAGCUCGAGGCAUAUUUUGCACAAUAUGUUGGCCAGAUCAUGCCUGCGCUCGACGCGCUCGUUCGGGGGAGUACGGAAUAAUGCAAUCAACGCUACAAAGCGUGCUGCAUCUACUUCCACUUCCGCCGAAGCCGCUUCUCCCUUCGGUAUUAACAUGGCUGCAGGUGCUGCCACCGCAGCAGCGGCAGGAUCCCUCGCCUGGUACUAUCAUCUUUAUGGCCAGCCAUUAAACGCCAUGACACCAGUUGAAGAAGGUCUUCAUCCAACACAAUACCCAUGGGUUCACCAACAAUACGCAAAGACAUUCGAUCACCAAGCAUUACGAAGAGGUUUCCAAGUUUACCAAGAAGUUUGCGCAUCAUGCCAUUCUUUGAGCCGUAUUCCAUACAGAGCUUUGGUCGGUGUUACACACACAGUCGAUGAGGCAAAGGCUAUGGCCGAAGAGAACGAAUACGACAGCGAGCCUAACGAUGAGGGUGAAAUCGAAAAGCGACCUGGAAAACUCUCUGAUUAUCUCCCAUCCCCAUACAAGAACGAUGAAGCUGCUCGUGCUGCCAACAACGGAGCUUUGCCACCCGAUCUCAGUUUGAUGGUCAAGGCCAGACACGGCGGUGCCAACUAUAUUUUCAGUUUGUUGACUGGUUACCCAGACGAGCCUCCAGCAGGAGCCAAGGUUCCAGAAGGACUUAACUUCAACCCAUAUUUCCCAGGUACCGGUAUUGCUAUGGGUCGUGUUCUCUACAACGAACUUGUUGAGUAUGAAGAUGGUACCCCAGCAUCAGCAUCACAAAUGGCCAAGGAUGUUGUCGAGUUCCUCAACUGGUCAGCCGAGCCUGAGAUGGAUCAACGAAAGAAGAUGGGUAUGAAGGUUUUGGUUAUUGGAUCUAUGCUUUUUGCAUUGAGCAUUUGGGUUAAGCGUUACAAGUGGUCCCCUAUCAAGACAAGAAAGAUCGUGUACAACCCACCUAAAACUGGCAACGGUCCUGCACAUCACUAGAUUCUAAAUUUCUUUUGUUUAAUGGGGGAGCGAAGGGUAGGAAAUAAAUGUGCUACUAGUUUUAUCUUACUGCGCGAAUUGUACAAAGAAGAAGUUUCAAAUGAGGGUGGUAGAUAAAAGCUUCACUUUGGGAGCUAAUGCUCAACAGUGGUAGCAAAAUAGAUGUGUCCCAAUAUCCAUUCGACUGUUCAAAGAUGCUCACGGGAACCCUGCCAUGAUAAAUCUCAAAAUCACCGCUUCUAUAGACUACAAAGCCUCCCAAUACCUAUUAAUCAUACUCUCAUAUAAAUCCAAACUGUGCUAGUAAUUUCAGUGGACCCUUUGCA